AUGGCUGCGGUCAGGGUAGGACAACAUCUUCUCAAGAUCUCUACGGCUAAUAACUUUUUUCGAAGAUGUUUCAGUGCCACUUCAGUGAAACCCGCACAACAAGUGGCUGUGAGAGAUGCCCUGAACAUGGCCAUAGAUGAGGAGAUUGUGCGGGAUGAUAAAGUUUUCUUGAUGGGAGAGGAGGUAGCUCUUUAUGACGGUGCAUACAAAGUCACCCGAGGUCUGUGGAAAAAACAUGGAGAUGAAAGGAUUUUGGACACACCAAUUACUGAACAUGGAUUCUGUGGCAUUGCUGUUGGAGCAGCCAUGGCCGGAUUAAAACCAAUCUGUGAAUUCAUGACAUUCAAUUUUUCCAUGCAAGCAAUUGAUCAAAUUAUCAACUCGGCAGCAAAAACUUUUUACAUGUCAGCAGGAAAUGUGAAUGUGCCAAUCGUGUUCCGUGGCCCAAAUGGUGCAGCUGCUGGUGUUGCUGCACAACACUCACAAUGUUUUGCAGCCUGGUACAGCCACUGCCCUGGCCUCAAAGUUGUCUCCCCCUACUCUUCAGAGGAUGCCAAGGGACUUCUCAAAUCAGCAAUCAGAGACCCAAACCCAGUUGUAUGCUUAGAAAAUGAACUUAUGUAUGGCAUAUCCUUUGAAAUGUCUGACGAAGCACUUUCACCUGACUUUCUUAUUCCCAUUGGUAAAGCCAAGAUUGAAAGACCAGGAAAACAUGCAACCUUGGUGUCCUUCUCCAAAACAGUUGGUACUUGUUUAGAAGCAGCUCAAGAAUUAGCCACUCUUGGUGUGGAAUGUGAGGUCAUUAAUUUACGUACAAUUCGACCUUUGGAUGAAGAAGCCAUUAUAAAUUCAGUGAUGAAAACAAACCACUUGGUGACUGUAGAGGGCGGAUGGCCACAUUGUGGAAUUGGUGCUGAGAUUUGUGCCAGGAUUGUAGAAAGUCCAGCAUUUAACUAUUUGGAUUCUCCCAUCAUGCGUGUAACAGGAGCAGAUGUACCAAUGCCCUAUGCUAAAGUUCUGGAAGAGAAAGCUCUCCCUCAGCAAUUUAAUAUAGUUAAAUCUGUUAAAAAAUGCUUGAAUAUAUAA